AUGUGUGCUGCCCGGGUGCACUCUACUCCUGAGGCACAGGGAGACCUGCUUCUGGAUGAGCAGGAGGUCUACCUGCAGAAAGGAGAUGCACAGUGUGAGCCCAGCAGGACAGGGGAUGAUGAGAGAGUCGGAGAUGAGAUGGACGAUGGCAGACUUCCACCCCAGGCACUGUCCUUUUCUGGAAGUGGGUUUCUGGUGGCUUAUCACGUUGGCGUGGUGGAGUGCUUGUUGGAAAAUGUGCCUGAGGUUGUCCAUGGGGCUCGGAGAGUGUUUGGAGCUUCUGCCGGCUCCCUCAUCGCUGCUGCUGUAGUCUGUGGUCUUGAUCUAGGUAAGCCAUUGACAUUACUCAUUAAACGAGCUGCUAAACAGUCAAGAAGGUGGUUUCUUGGACCGAUGAAUCCUUUAUUUAACCCACUCCAAAUUGUAAGAAAGGGCCUGGUGGAGACUCUUUGUGAGAAUGCGUAUGAGCUUGCGUGUGGGAGGCUGGUUAUCUCCAUGACUCGGGCGUCUGAUGGACAAAAUGUCUUAGUCUCUGACUUCAGUUCCAACGAGGAACUUAUCCAGGCAUUAUUGUGUAGCUGUUUUAUUCCUGUCUACUGUGGGCUGAUCCCUCCAACUUUCCGUGGUGUGCAUUACAUUGAUGGAGGAUUAACCAACAGCCAGCCUCUGUGUGAUAAGAAGAACACCAUCACCAUUUCCCCAUUCGCAGGAGAGAUUGAUAUUUGCCCCAGGGACUUUGCUGACUGCUUCUUCUUCUGCCUUGCCAACUGCAGCUUCGCAUUCACCCCUGAAAACUUGCGUCGCGUCACCUUGGCUCUCUUCCCACCCCGUUCCAAGGUUCUGCAGAGGUUCUUCUGGAAUGGCUACAGUGACACCCUGCUUUACCUGCUGGCUAACAACAUGCUAGGUCUUGAUGCCCCUGUUAUAGCCAAGAUUUUAUCAAAUCAAUAUUAUAAGAGGAGUCUCCGCUGUCUUUCUCCAUCAAGAGCUGAGGAAACCAACCACCAUCUGCAACCUGAAGGGAGGUCCAAAGCUGGUUCACUAGAAGACCGACCUUCUUGGCCCAUGGUCUGGAAUCCUAAAGUGUUACUGUCUCUAAUCGACCAGAAGGCUAGCGUCAUUGGCACUUUACGCAGUUUGGCCUCGCAUCCAGUGCACAACAUGACGUCUGUGGGUCAGAGAGUUAGCAGGUGGUUCCUUCACGUCCUUGAGGCGGUUGGUUUGAUGUUUAAGCAUGAUGAUCGUGGGACCACAGAAUCACCGAAUGCUCUCGACACAGAAGGAGACCAUUCAGCCUAUCAAGUUGCCACUGGCUCUGUGUAAUAUUUCAUCCCAUUCCCUGGCUAGCUCCCUAUAAACCGUGCUAUCUUUUUUUUCCUUUUUGGAGGCCUAUCCAGAUUUCUUUUGAACACGACAAUUAGAUCUGCCUCCACUAUUACCCCUGGCAGUGCAUUUUAGACCUUAACCCGUUGCUGCAUAAAAAGGCUUUUCAGAGAGAAAUAUGGGAUGGAAACGGGCCCUUUGGCCCACCAAGUCUGUGCCAACCCAUUUACACUAAUCCUAGAUUAAUUCUAUUUUUUAUUCUCAUUAACUCCCCCCCAGAUUCCACCACUCACCCGCACACAAAGGACAACGUACAGCAGUCAAUUAACCUCCCAACCCGCAGUGGGAAGAAACUGGAGCCCCUAGGGAAACCCCGCUGUCACAGGGAGAAGGCGCAAACUCCACACAGGCAGCACCCGAGGUCAGGAUUGAACCCGGGUCUCUGGAGCUGCGAGGCAGCUGCUCUGCUAACUGCGCCGCCCCUCUUUCCCUCGUGCUACUUUUGAUCCUCUUGUCAACCAUCUUCAUUCUGUUUCCUGGUUCUUGACCCUUCCGUCAAUAGGAACAGUUUCUAGGAACUCUGUUCAUGGUUUUAAAUAUCUAUAUCAGAUCCCCUUGCAAGCUCCUCUAUUCCAGUGGAGAACAACCUCAGCUUCUCCAAUCUGUCCACAGAACCAAAAUCCCUCAUCCCUGGAAUCUCUACAAUCUCUCUAAAACCUCUACAUCUUUCCAGAAUUGGACACGAUACUCCAGUUGUGGCUGAACCAAAAAGCUGAUCAUAUCUUCCUUGCCUUUGUACUCAGUGCCUCUAUUUAUAAAACCCAAGAUGCUGAAUUAACAACCAUCGUGGUUCAACUGAACCUCCAAGUUUUG